GAAACCAAUACCAGCAAAACGCUAACAGUAACCAUGUCCAUUCAAACUAUUCGCUUUUUAUGUUAAAAGCCGUGAAUGCUUACAGGAAAGUGGCAAUUUAAAACUGAAUGAAGGGAAGAAGUCAAGAAACAUAAAAGGCUGAAAAGCAGGACUACUUUGAAACCGGAGGAAAAAUGAGGAACUGCUAAGGCAACCUGGCCCGCAUCCAGGGGUGGAACAGGCGCUUUUGGUUUUAACCUAUUGCGUUCUUCAGUGCUGUUUUCAGACUCCAGAUUUACUUUGUUUGGUGGUGUUUUCUCUUUUGCUGAAAAGCUGUGGCAAAGCCGGACUCUUUUACUGUCAGUCAUUCUUUACUGUCAUACAUGGAAGGGCUUAUAUUAACCACCUCAGACUUGGGACCUAUCAUUCUUUGGCAUGAACCGUUGGAAAGUUCGUAAGCAGGGAUGGAGCAAAUUUGAUUUAAGUUGUGGAAAAAGAAGACAGAUUUGUAUUUUUCAGGCUGACAAAAAUAGCUGCUAUGACUUUUCCAGCAACGUGGACAGGGGCCAAGUGAAGCUAAACUGGCCAUGGUUUGUCGGGCAGUGUGGCUUUGUCGGCGGCGAUUUUGUCCCCGGCCGUUCUUGGUGGGCUUGGUGGUGGCAAUCUGCCUUUUCUACCAGACCCUGACACUCAGAGGGACAAGAAAGCUCACAGCCCCUGUCACUGGGGCUGCUCCGAGCCCACCCAUUGACACCCAAGCAAGCAGAUGCAAGAAGGGAUUCUCUGCGGACAAACAGUGCUUCCUUCUCUCCGGUAAUACACAGGAAAUCAGAAAGAUUGAAGAGUCAAUUGAGACACAUUUUGGUAGCCAUGGGAGAAGAGCCAUACUCUACACGCCUCCUUCUUACAGCAAAAUGGCGCUUCAGCUCCAUCAGCGUGUUCUAACUCAGCAUCACUAUUCGGUUGUUAUCGUUGAUGAAAAGCUCGGUGCUGGCCUUGAGCUGGGGCUGCUAGGACAAGGUGAUUUGGGCUCUUGGGAUCUGCUCAUUUGCCUGUCUUCUAGGAAAGCUGAUGGAAAACCCUGCAUAUCCAAGGAAGACAUGUGCCAUAUAGGUUUACAUCAAAAGGUAAACAUUUUACCAGAAAUACAGCAUCAGCUUUGCAGAAAGGAAGGAUUAUGCCAAAUAAUUAGAAGAUUUCCAGAAUUGCAACUUCCAGUUAGUCCCUCUGUGUGUCUGGAUCAGCACAUGCAAUCAAACCCAAGGACUUCAUAUCACCUUUUAAAAACAGUGAAGCCACCUAUGUGGAAACCAUGGGACGGGAGACAUGAACAGCUGAAUCAAACGGUCCUUGCUACACAUGAAGCAAUCUUUAGAGCUGAAGAUCUAUCUGUGAUUCUUAAAGCAUAUGUGUUGGUGACAUCUUUAACCCCUUUGCGUGCAUUCAUUCAUUCAACUGGCACCGUUUGGAAUCCACCAAAGAAAAAACGCUUCACUAUCAAGCUGCAAACCUUUUUUGAGACAUUCCUAAGAGCCAGUUCACCUCUUCAGGCUUUUGACACUAUGAAGGAAGCCAUAAGCAAGCUCCUGCUAGCAGCUGAAGUACUCAGUGAAACAUCAACUCUGGGACCAAAGACUUUCAAUAGAUGCAGAUUGUGUUUUCAACUUUUAACGUUUGAUAUUGGUUAUGGCAGUUUCAGGUACCCCAUAGUUCUCCAGGUGCAUGAGCAUUUAAAUGUUCAAGAUCAUGAUAAUGUGGAUUUUGAGGACCAAAACACAGAAGAAUUCCUUUUAAAAGAUGCUUUCAAUUUUCUCUUCUCUAAUGAAUCUUCACUAUCCAUAUUUUCUGAAAUAUUUCAGAGAUUUUACAGAUCAGGUAUAUUUAAGGAUGAAAACUAUAAAAAGGAGUUAAAUCAAUGCCUGUCUUUAGAGGAGAUUAACUCAAUUAUGACUUUCGUAAAGGAACUUGGACGUCUGGGACAAUUCCAACUGCUCUUCCCAUCAACUACUCCUGGGAUUCAAUCUUUGAUGAAAGAAUUUUAUGAUAUGGAAAAUCCUAUGGGAAAACCAGGCUCAGUCCUGACUCAAUACUGGUCUCUUUUAAAUGUAUUUGAACAAUUUCAGCUCAUGAAUAAAAAAGCACAGCUACAUCCACUGGAAUGGAAUUCUUUUGCAGAGGAUGAAAAUGUUGAAAAGCCACAAGUGCCAUUUGAGGCAAUUGAAAAUAAAAAAGCUGCAGUGCCACAAAUUAUGAAUGAGACCAAAGAAAUACAUUGCAGUAAUGAUAAAGACACACUAUGUCAUAUCAAGCAGAUCUUCACACAUCCACCUUUGGAACUAAAUCCUGAAUUUAACCCGAAGAUUAAAGAUUAUUACUCUGAAGUCCCAUUUGAUGUGGUUACAGUGACAAUUGGAGCGGAGACUUCUAAGUGUCAGUGCAAGGUGCACCUGCAUGAGCAGGCAGGGCCAAGCUUUGCCACCUACCCUCUGGGCUUAGGAAUGAACAAAAUCUCAGUGUUUGUGGUGGAUGAAUCUCCAGCACAGGGUGAGUCCCUGAUUAUGUACAGAUUCAAUAUCUAUAGAGAAGAACGUCCAAGUCUACCCUUGUUCGAGGACUUCACAGCAUGUGGUUUUGUGCAGGAUUGUGGUUUGCUGAUUCACCCAGAAGAAACCUGUGGAUUACAACCUAUUUCCUCUGACUACAUUGAAGCCAUUUCACAGCCUGAACUAAGGAUGUGUCCAUCAGGGGACACAAAAGGGCAGUGGAUUGUGCCUUGUCUUAGUUGUUCAGACAACAGAACCUGUGACUGGAGAGAAAUAACGUGGCAGCCCCACAACUGCCAAUAUGGUGUCCUGACCAAGCCUCAACUCCAGCAGUGCCUGGGAGGAAGGAAGAUUCUUUUCAUCGGGGAUUCAACCAACAGAGGGAUAAUGUACUAUCUCAUUGAAAGACUGAAUGAAACCUUGCAGGAAUGGCAGAAGGUGCAUGGUACUAAAUUCUAUCACAAUGUCAAUGGUGGGAAGACUUGGAUCGGUUAUUCCUACUAUCCACGGUUCUGGAUAAGCCCUUCAUUGAGACCAACAUUCGAAAAAGCACUUGAACAUCUCUUGCAAAGAUCAUAUCCCCUGGAGAAUACCGGCCAGACUGUAUUAGUUGUUGGUGGUGUUCAGUGGCUUAACUCCAAUCACUUGCAAAUUAUUCACAAGGUUUUGAAGAGAGAAAAUUUACUCAAUAUCCUAGUGAUCAUCAAAACUUUGGGAAUUGGAUUUCAUCUGCCAGUGAAUGGAGUGCAUUUUUUAACACAGAAUGAAGUACAGAAUUUAUGGAAAGAGAAUUUGGUUAUUCUGGAUGCUGCAAAAAAAUAUGGCUAUGAAGUGGUUGAUACAUUCACUAUAACAAUGGGGCGAUACAAAGAGUUUCUACAGGGGAAAUGUGGAUGUCAUUUCCAUGAGAUAGUGAAAUCAAAAUUAUCCAAAGAAUACCAUUUUAUUAAAAUGAAACAAUCAAGGAAUCAUACUGUGGGAAAAUAUUUCAGCAAUCAAAGUAAACUACAACGGCUACAAGACUCUGUAACAAGCUUUCAAUCACCAUACCAUGUCAGUGGUCCAAUUAAUCAGGUUUGUUCUGAAAUCCUUCUCAGCAGGAUGUGUGCACAUAAAAGGACCAUGUAGACUGUCUUCAGGAGGACUGAAUUUGGAGUUGGAGGCAAGCCACUCAACUGGAUGAUGGUCUGGGAAUGACAUCCUGUGCAUCACGUGUAUUUUGGAUUGGCGGCACACACUCAUGUACACUGUCACAGACAUACACACCUAUGUGCACAUACUAAAAAUUUUUUUUCAAACACUUUUUUCUACAGCUUUAUAAAGUCAAGAUAUAUGCCUGGAAAUCAGUUGGUCUGAGAGUGAAAGAUAGAGCUAGAAAAAGAUUACUUGAAGCAAAAUCAUAAACUAGGACCAUGUGGGCCAGGUAUUGAUUGCAUUGUGAUAGUAAAGAGAACUAUAGAUGCCUGAACUAUGUGAAAAAGGAAGAUAAUGCUCGAGUGCUGUGUUAUCUUCCCUAUAGGUACAUUAAUAGUGAAAGGGGAAAAAAAAUCAAUUACAUUCCAUUUGUAAGUAAGUAGGGAUUGCACUUAAGUCCUUUACCAGGAGAAAAUGUGGCCAUUAUGAUGGCUUUGGUUUUGUGAAUCUUAAGCUUAUGGAAAACAUUUCUUCCUAUACUUUUUAAAUUUUAUUAUUGAAUGGAAAAGAACAGGAAUGCUCCACAAGGGAAUUCAAAGGGAUUCUGUGAAAGAGAUAGGAAGUGAAAUAUUUUACAGUUAAAACACCAAUAUAUUUCACUUUGCACUCCCCAUGUUUUUUGCAAACAUUCCCUCCUAUCCAGUCUGUGAACUUGGAUAGGUAACUGCAGUCUAAAUUGAUGAAAUAUAUUAAAGAAGUGAGGAACAAAUUAUGGUUUCUCAUGUGUUACUUUAUAAGUUUCAUUAAUGAUAGCUUUUGUUUGCCAUUAAAGCCCCAUGUAAUUUAAGGUUAUAAUUAGAUUUUAUGUAAAUAUUUUGCAAAGGAUUUGGCAGUCUCAAAUGCAUACACAUUAUUUCCAUAAAGCAUUUGUAUGUUUCCAUAAAGAGGAUUAUGUUACUAGCAACUGCAUUUUGAUUUUUCUGAGCAAUUGUAUCUAAUUCAAAUUCAGAGUUGGCAUAAAAUAUUUUUAAUUAAAACUGUAGCAUACAUAUAAAACAUAUCUAAUUCUACCAUUGAGAACUUUCCCUUCUAUAUUUUAAGUUUGAAAUGGUAAAUUUUAUUUACUAUAGACAAAAGUGUGAGCUAUCUCACAGUUACAAUAGAUCUUAAAGGAUUAUUUUUCCUUGGGGGGGGGUGUUAUUUUGCUGAGAUGGUUCAUUCAAUACAUGGCUGAAAUUACCAAAUGCACAAAUACCUCAAUUCUAUUACCAUACAGAAAAUAAAACUACUUUGAUUGAUCAGUGCCUUAGUAUGAAUACACACUUCCUUUAAAUACUCUAUUUUUAUAUAUAUUUUUAUAUGAAGAUAAACAUGAAUUUAUAUUUAACUGUCUUAAAUUAUACUUAAACACCAAUAUCAGUUGGUAUAAACAAUACACACCUGCAUCUUACAGAUGAUAGAUUUUUGUAAAAGAAUGGUACAGAAUUAACUUUUAAAAUGAAGAAUUUUUCUAGUAUCUCCAGUGGUAUGUAAGCAUCAUUUUUAGGUUUUCAAUGAUUUAAAGAAAAAUGAUAUUGAAUGUUACCCAUUUUCAGAGACUUUUCAUCAUGUUUUAACCUAUUAUAUACUCUUGAACAGUAUUAUAGUCAGUGGAUAUUUCAUGUAAUUUUCUAUGUUGAACUUACUGCAGUUACCUUCUGACUGAGGUUAGUCUGGUAUUUACCUCUUCACUGUUGAAAUAAUAGUAGAUAUUAGAAACAAUUGUAAUAAUAUUGUGUAACAAAUGUAAUAAAUGAGUAACAAGUAA